AUGUCCGGGAAGGACGGAGCUACCACAGUGGGGUGCCCGGAGCCGGAGAGUGGUGCAUCUGCAGGAAGUCGACGACGAGAGGUGGAGGAAGAGGAAGCUACACUACAUACGGAGAAGAAGUUGAAAAGCAUGGGCAGGCCGUCCACGGAGGCGCUGGCGAUGGCGGGCGCCGACUGGGCGCGGUACUGCGUCGACGACCAAGAAGAAGAUGACGCGCCGCCGGAGCACCUGCGGGCGUUCGAGGCGUUCCUGGAGACGGUGGUGCCGGCGGACAUGGUGCUGGCGUUCGGGCGCGAGGAGGCCGCCCACCGCGGCGAGGGGCGGCGCCGGAGCCACCGGGAGGACGUCGAGGAGAAGCUCAAGCUGUGGGCGAAGGCCGUGGCCCGGGAGGCCAAGCGCGGCGCGCUCGGCUCCCGGCAGCAGGCUACCUCACACCUCGCCUCGUUGCCGACGCGCGAGGCAUUGUUGUCAAAUAUUAACAAGUGA